GCCCGUCUUUCCACUGUCAGAGCGUCGGGGUUACGCGGACAGUUAGGCAUAUCGCGACCAAACACGCGAAUAAUGGACCAUUUGAAACUCCAAGCAGCAUUCGAUCGCUACUUGGAUCUAGAGCCUCAAGGAUAUGAAACGGUGGCCACCUAUAUCUUCGUCGAUAUCUGCAACAAUCUUUGCGCGAAGGCGAGGACUCUCGAUUUCCAGCCAGAAGCUCCGGAAGAGGUGCCGAAAUGGUCAUACGGGGUGGGCGAUGACCUGGAAGACAGCGAUGUAACGCUCAUUCCGGCUGCGAUCUUCAAAGAUCCGUUCUUGAGGAAACGUAACAUCUUGGUAGUCUGUGAGAGCUCGCGUGCCGGGAAACCCUGUGGACCGAAUGGACGAGCUGCCUGCAAAGCCACGAUUGAUCGAUGCGCUGACGUAAAGAUCAUGUUCGGAAUGGAGCAGGAAUACACGCUCCUGGACAGCGACGGCCAUCCCUUCGCAUGGCCGAAGAACGGACACCCAACCAAACCUGUCGACAGCUACGUCUACAUGUGCGGCAUCGGGAGCGAUAGAGCCCACGGAAGGGCCUUGUCGGACGCUCACUACUUGGCCUGUCUCUACGCUGGCGUGAAAAUCGGGGGGACCAAUGCAGAGGCUACACCGUCCCAAUGGGAGUACCAGAUCGGCCCGUGCGAGGGAGUCACGAUCGGGGAUCAUAUGCUCGCCGCUCGCUACAUCCUUCUGCGGUGUUCUGAAGAUUUUGGCGUGAUCGUGACUUUCGAUCCGAAGCCUAUCGAAGGUCCCUGGACCGGGACUGGGUGUCACGUCAACGUCUCCACGGAGGAGAUGCGCGAAGAGGGAGGCAUGGUGCACAUCUUGGAAGCCAUACACAAGCUAUCACUGAAAACGGCAGAACAUCUCGCGGCUUACGACGCUAACGGAGGCAGGGAUAACUCGCGGCGUUUGGAAGCCGAAUUUUUCUGUCCGAACACGAAGGAUUUCAGCUGGGGAGUUGCGAGCCGCAGAGCAUCGAUACGCAUCCCGCGACUCGUGAGCGACAGAGGCUGCGGAUACUUCGAGGACAGGAGACCCGCGUCCAAUUGCAAUCCUUACUUGGUCGCUCAAAGGAUGGCGGCCACGAUCUGUCUCGACGAGUGA